AUGCCAGCCAUAACAACAGUCCACGAGUCCCUCCCGUAUAUCGACCCCGAGCCCACCCCAGAACAACGCGCCGCAGCAGAAGCCCUCAUCGCCGAGGAGCGAGCCAAAGUCCCCGACGACCCUUACCAUGCCCUGCUCCCUCCUCCCCUCCCACCGCUGAACGAAUCGCGCCACCUCACACCAAUCCUCCAAAAUGAGCUCGCUCGCCUAGCCUCUUCUCCCGACCCGCAAGCGGCCAAAAUGGACGCGCUGGACUUCUCCCGCUACGAAGCACCCGAGAUGCCCUCAAUUGAUAGCUCCCAGUCGCUUGAAGAGACGGCCUCUCAACUAUGGGAAACGCUCAAACAAGCCUACACGGCGCAAGCAUAUCUUUCCGCGCGGCGGGCACACCUUGCGCUGCUGGAUACACACGGCAAGAAUGCCUGGCUCAUAGGUAAUUGGCAUUUGGAGGGGGAAGUCAAAGCGGUGGAGAAAGAGUUGGCUGAGACUAAGCGCGAGAUUGAUCGUGUGUCUUUGGCAAGGCAAGGCAUGCAGGAGGCGGCUGGAGCGGAGCUCAAAAGUCUGGAAGAAACCUGGAAGGCUGGGGUAGGAAGGGUGCUUGAGACAGAGGCGGCGGCUGAGAAGCUAAGGAUAGAGGUGCUAGAGGAGAGGAGGAGACUUGCGGAAGCGCAGGCAGCGCUGGCUGUUGGCAAUUAA